GAGCGUUGAACGUGUGUACAUUCGUAUCACUUCCAACCGUAGUUACGAACGUUGCCGGCAUAUAAAUUUCCCGUAAUAUUUACGGACCAACUAAUUUAUCUAAAAUUUUUUAAAUCAAUAUAUAUUUGUACAAAAAUAAUAAUUAAAUAAUAGUGUACAAGUUAGAUGUGCGACUUAUAAUUUUUUUUAAUUGAAUAUUUUAACCUAUUCCAAUUUCCAUUCUGUGCAUAUAUUACGGCGCGUGUUAUCAGCAGCUGUUUAGUGGUCAACCGACUUGAUCACAUUGUUAUCAGAACAGGACCGUUUUAAUGGUGUUUCACAUCGCACGUGGUGUUUCCCGCGGUAGCUUAACGCAGUGUGAUGCAAUGUUUGCAUGACGGAAGAUCAAAAUUUCCGCAGGGGGCAGCAUUAUGUUUCUUUUAAGCCAUGUGUAUAUCAUUGAACAUUUAAUAUAAAGUGUAAAAUUUAUAUAAUAUUUAGAGACAAAAAUUUGAUAUUUAUAAAACAUUGAAAAAUGACGAAAGUAUCAGCAGCUGAAGGUUUGACUCCGAAGGCCAUGGAUGUGGGUGAAAGUGGUGACAAUACGGAGGGUUCAAAUGGAGGGGUACGGUUGAAAAAGGAAUUAAGUUUAAUGAAUGGUGUCGCCAUAAUUGUGGGAGUUAUUGUGGGGUCUGGUAUCUUUGUGUCCCCCAGUCUGGCCUUGAAAUACGCAGGAUCGAAAGGCAUGGCACUCAUAGUGUGGAUACUGUCUGGAUUCCUAUCGAUGAUUGGAGCCCUAUGUUAUGCCGAAUUAGGUACAAUGAUUCCAAAGUCAGGAGGUGACUAUGCCUAUAUUGGAGAGGCGUUUGGAGAUCUCCCAGCAUUCCUCUACCUGUGGGUGGCGCUUUUCAUCUUGGUGCCCACUGGCAACGCCAUCACUGCACUCACUUUUGCUCAAAACAUACUUAAGCCUCUAUGGCCAGUUUGCGAACCGCCUGCAGAUGCUGUGAGCCUUAUAGCUGCUGUUAUUACAUGUUUUUUGACAGCUCUUAACUGUUUCAACGUGAAAUGGGUGACUCGUAUCCAAGAUUCCUUUACGGCGGCGAAAAUAUUAGCAUUGCUUAUAACAUUCUUCGCCAGCUUAUGGUACUUAUUCUCUGGUCACACUGAGAACCUUGAAUCCAUGAUGCAGGGAACUAUUACUGAACCAGGAAAUAUUGCUAUCGCUUUUUACACUGGUCUGUUCUCGUAUUCUGGCUGGAAUUAUUUGAAUUUUGUCACGGAAGAACUGAAGGAGCCGUACAAAAACCUUCCACGCGCCAUCUGUAUUUCUAUGCCGGUGGUGACUCUCGUCUAUGCAUUGACGAACGUUGCAUAUUUCGCUGUACUUACAAAUAAUGAGAUCCGCGCCUCAGAAGCGGUGGCUGUAACCUUUAGUGAGAAAAUCUUGGGUGUCAUGUCCUGGAUCAUGCCUCUAUUCGUGGCACUUUGUACUUUUGGAUCUCUGAAUGGAGCUAUUUAUGCAUCAUCAAGGCUAUUCUUCGUCGGAGCAAGGAACGGACACUUGCCGUUGGCAAUUUCUCUUAUCGACAUAAAACGUCUAACACCUGUACCAUCACUUAUUUUCAUGUGCCUUGUGACGCUCGUGCUUCUGCUGUCCAACAACGUAGAGUCUCUGAUCGUGUACGUGACCGCGGUGGAAGCUUUGUUUAUCUUGUGCUCAGUGGCUGGACUCUUGUGGUUGCGGUACACUCGUGCUGACCUGCAACGGCCGAUACGCGUCAACCUCCUUCUUCCAAUAGCAUUCCUAAUAAUUUGCACAUUCCUUGUAGUCUUCUCCUGUUUUACUCACCCCAUGGAAGUGGGAAUCGGAGUCGCCUUCAUAGCUCUCGGUGUUCCAGUAUUUUGGGUGUUCAUUGUAUGGAAAGACAAACCCAGCUGGAUGCUAAACGCAUGCAACAGCUUUAACGUUUUCUGUUCCAAAAUGUUCCUAUGUCUGCCAGAAGACUCGAAAGAUUUAUGAUCGUUAACUUCAGCUUAAAAAGUGACGACAUGCUUUCGUUAUUAAAACUAUAUAAUGUGCGCUUAUGAGCAUAUGUAAUAAGAUUAGAUCUGUUUAGUCAAUUAUUAAGCUUAAAGUGAUUCCUAUAAAAUAAGAUUGAGUUUGUACUAGACUUUCAAAUUAUAAUAAAUUUCUUAUACAUUA